AUGCCGCCCAUGUCAGAAGAAGACUUGGAAUGGUUCAAGUCGACCUUUCGUCCCAUUCCGCGUCCCCAACUGCCGGAAGAUGCCAUAGAGUAUUCUCUCUACUUGCUCUCAGCAGACCCCGCCCCCGCUUCGACAGAUACCGUUGUUCACACACGCGCGCGUCUUCAGGAAGUCCAGAAAAGUGCGUCAGAACUGGUUAAAGACUUGUUGAAGGAUUACAUCUGGCAGCGAGAAGCCUUCAGUCUUGAAAUUGCCAAAGAAAAUGACGUCACCUAUCUUCGUGGACGAACCAAUUUCGGCGACUCUAUCGAAGACGAAUGGGUAAUUGUCUAUCUUUUGCGGGAGUUGACAAAAAAACACCAGGAUCUAUGGGUUCGUGUUGUGGAUAGUGAUGGCGAGUUUCUGCUUGUCGAGGCAGCCAGUAGUCUACCAGACUGGCUGGAGCCUGAAAUUGCUGACUACAGGGUCUGGAUCAACAAUGGCCACCUUGUAAUCAUAAACCCGAAACCCGAUCGGAAAAGAGUCACGGAGAAGAUAACGCUCGAGGAGUCGCUGAAAAUUGCACCACACGAAAAUGAUCGCUUAUUACGUUCAUCGUCCAUCGAAGAGGAGGCGUUCUAUCGUCUACGAAAAUAUCCCGAGCAGAUUAAAGAGAACCUUCAUUGCGCACUAGUAUCUGUUCCUCGGAAGGUUGCAUACUUGCUUCAUCAGAAACCGGCCUAUAUCUCAGCAGCCGUUGAAGCCUUCUAUACCCGCGACCCGAUAUCUUUACGAACUCUCAAAGCAAGAGGCAAAGAUGAUUUGCUUUUUCCUCCAGGUGAUUUUGUCACGGUCAGCGUUAGAUUUACAAGGGUGGGAUAUGCCCAGGUCAAAAGUCAAGACUUUCCAGCUCCAGUUUCAUGGGCACAGAAUAUGCCGGCUCCUACAGAUGUCGAAGAUUUUACCAAAGUGGAAACAGGCAUGAAAGUGUCUUGUGGGUUUGAAAUGCUGCUUAAUGAUCCCCAGAACCAGGAUAAGCCUAUGGUUCGAGAGAUAAAAUUAUUACUCGAGGAUUUAGAUACUGGUGAUGAGGUCUUGCCAACCGUGGAUGAAAUGCAAAGGUCUUGGAGCAUGCAACAAGACGAUGAAAGUUGGUUGGAUAUCAGCUUCGAAGAUCUUGAUAGAGAACUCAAAGGGGAGGGUGGCAAGGACAAAAAAUCUGGUGCCUUUGGCGAUCAGAGCGCACAGGAAAAUUUACAGCGAAUUGUCGCCCGAUUCGAGGAAUUUUUGAAAGACGACUCGGCUAAUUUUGACGGGGUUGAUCUUUAUAAUUCCGACACAGACGAUGAACCGGACGACGAAGAAGCCAGCAGUGAAGAUGAAGAAGCAGAUUUGAAAUUCGAUGAGGAAGAAUUUAUAAAGUACAUGAAGGAAAUGCGAAUGGACCCUUCAGGCGUUGAUUUACGAACGAGAUUCGAUAAAGCCAUGAAAGGAAGAGUAGAGGAGCUCGAUUCGACAGAUGAAGAGGACGAUAUAAAGGAGAUUGAGGAACUUUCGCGCCAGAUGGAAGCAGAGUUGAGGCCGACUGGAGUUUUGAAUGUGAACAAUCGGGAUGCUGAUCAAAACCCGGCCGCAGUGAAAGGCAAAGGCAAGGGAAAACAGAGAGCCGACCUUGAAGAUUUUGACUUUGACGAAGAAGAUCCCGCAAAUGUGAAUCUGGUGAAGAAUCUUCUUGAAAGUCUACAGAGCCAGGCUGGAAUGCCUGGUCCUGCCGGCAAUCUUCUGGGGAUGAUGGGCAUGCAAAUGCCUCCCGAUGACCGCAAGUCCGGCAAAUCUCGCAAAUCAUGA